GGUGAUAGCACAAGAAGAAAUCGGCGUUAUCAUUGCGCCUUGUCAGACUUCUUUUAAUUUACAAUGCGAAACAGACAAAAUUAAUUUUCCUUUCAUUGAGAGUACCACAAAUACCAAAUAUCUGACCUCUACGGAGUUCGUCGCCUUUAGUAGGUUCAAAAUGUCGAACAAUGUAAUUGAAGAAUACGAUGAUUUAUUAAUGAUAGUAGCGGUGAAUACAAGAAGAACUACUGUUGUAAUCAAUGAAGAGACAAUGCUGUUUUUUGAUAAGCCACAUCGCAUGACGGUCAUGAUAUCGUCUGAUAUACCGAAGCAUAUUAAAGCUGACAAUCUUAUUGUUUGCUACUAUUUGAGCAAGGGCAAUGAUUGUGCAUCAAGCUUGGCUUUAGCUUGGCUAGUUCCUGUUGAAUUAUUCUACUUUAGCUACGCGUUCAGUGUGCCAUAUCCCAACAAUUCACGUUCAACUCCUAUGAGGGCUUAUCUUAUUAUGGUGGCUGAAAAAGACUUAUAUUCCGAUAUUUUAGUUGAUGAUAUGCGCGCUUUAAGCUACAACGCUUUAGUUUCCGAUGUUCCUACCUCAACGUACCAAAUUCGAUACCUGCAAGUCUCCUCAGGCUGGCAUUCUGCUUACUCCACCAACAUGGAUAACUUCGGCCUCUAUCUCUAUGGCUGGAAAGAUAGCGGCGCAUUUCUACACGCCGUGGGUUUUGUAGUCAAACAAGAGGUGUGCACGAUUUAUAAAGAGAUGCAGCCAGGAGACCUGAUUGAUAACGAUUGUGAUGGGAGUGUUGAUGAAGAUAUUCCAGGCCCAGACACAGAUCCUAUGAAACGAAACGAUUUUAAAAGGGGAAAAGCAGAGGACGGUGGAUGGGGUGAAUGGAGAGGAUUCACCUGUGUACCGUGUUACGAUACAUUUUAUACACUACGUCGAUCAUGUGACAACCCAGCCCCACAAUACGAGGGCAGGAAAUGUGCAGGCUAUGACACGGAGAGCAGCCAGGAGAAAUGUGAUAACUGCUUGAUGACGCCAUGCCCUAUUGGAAAGUAUGGACCAUCCUGUGAGAAUGUGUGCAGACACUGUGCAGGGGCGUGCCACAAAAUCACAGGAGAGUGUCCGGUGUGUUCGAAUGGCUGGACAGGAGUGAGAUGCACGACACCUUGCCCUGAAAUGACCUACGGUCACGCGUGUAGGCAUUCAUGUCUCGUGAAGUGUAAUGGACGAGACUGCAUUGAACGAGAGCUAGGAUUGUGUCCAUCAGGAAAUGUAACGGGUUUAUCAGCUGUUGUGUACUACCUUCUCCUUGUCCUAAUACUCGGGUCACUGUACGGUUUCUUUAUGAGUAGGUCGCACUUGGAAGAGGAUCCAGAUGUUGUAGUGACAGUGAAACGUGUGUCUUCUAAAGAAUACACGGUCACAGAACAAAUUGUGGCUGAUCAAUAAAGCCAGUCGAUAUUCUACACAUUCAAUGUGUGGUUUAAAAACUACACUUCGUUUUGGGAUCUCGUGAAUUAUUUUAUGAUAAUGUUAUUUUCGAAAGUAACUUCGUUGUUUAUUUAUUUUUAAAGAUAAGUCUGUAUUCUUAUACUUUCUAAUAAAGCCUGAAAAUAAAUGAAUUUAUAUCAAAGAUUAUGGUGUAGGUUUAUCAAUGUACUAGUACAGUGCUCUCCCCGCCUUGAUUGUGUUGUUUAGUUGUGCGUGUGGCAUCAUGCGAUAUCAGAGAGUGGAUGAUUGCUAACCCGCUAUAGAUCUAGAUGAAAACUUAUUUUUUUAAAGUUUAUAUUACAUAGAAUAAUAAAAGCAUUCUAAUAUGUGAGGAGUCCACUUGCAAAACCUGUUAAAUACACUUUUUGAAGAAAAUAAGUUACUUAAUAAAAGUUAACCAAAAAAGAACUUAAAAGUCGAUUUCUUCGAAAUCAACGUAAAGUGACUUAGCAGGUUUUGAAAGUGGACUCUUCAUUUUAUGUUUUUAAAGGCUUUUCGAGAGCUUAAAAUUAUUAGUGCACAUGUACUUCAUAUCAACUGCCCAUUAUAGAUUAUUGAUAGAAAUGAUACCACUGAUCGUCAUUUAGUUUAUCUUUGUUGUAAUAAUAUGAGUCAAAUAUAAUAUAAAAUGAUACUUUAAAUGGUUUAUGGUCGAACGAACAUUUUUUUUUCUUUUUAAAGAUAUCGAGAUGUUUUUUUUCUGUGCAUUUGUUAUGUCCGAUGUCACUAAUUUGAAGUCCACAAUCUGUUUUUUUUCACAUAAGGUCUUGGAAAUUGUGUAGUUAAAACUAUUGUACUUAAAACAUCAUUAUUAUUUUGAAUCAGUAUUUAUUGU